AUGUUUGGAGUGGAUAAGGGCGACCAAAUCCGUGUGCAUGGUGGAGGCUUCGCCAAUAAAGCUCACUUCAAGAAGUGGUACAAGAAAAUCUACCUGGGAAUCCUUGACUGCUAUCUAUUGAAUGCUUACAUUGCUUGGAACAUGGCAGCGGCUAUUCCUCGCUCAACCAAACACAAUCUACACCGGCACGAGUUUUUUACAGUUGUGGCGGAACAAAUGAUGCUUUACUUCCGGAAUGAAGACGACGAUGACGUUGGCAUUGGUACCAACACUGUGUUGGAUGGACAUUUCAGAGCAGCGCAAGAACAACAGAAUACUAGUCACUAUCCAGUCGCAAAGGAGGCUGGUCGCCGGAAUGUUCGCUGUGCAGUCUGCAAGUUGGAACGUAACAUGAACAAAGCAAUUGGAGAGAAGGGAAUGGCACAAAAUGUUGUUAUGUGUUCCGAUUGUCCCAUUCCGGCACACAACCAUGUCGUUCGAGAUGAUGCUCAUCGGAUUAUCCACAAGCGAAGCGAAUUCAAGAACAUGACAUGCUUUCAGAUUGUCCACAGUGAGGCUGGUCAACGAUUGUGGAAGAUCUGUAAAGGAGGCAGCGAUCGUGUCCAAUAUAAGCCCCAACAAAUCGAUCCAAUCUAUCAAGACUUAUUGCAACACCACACGGGCGAAAGAACUCGAAAGCGAAGGAAACACAACAAUGAUGGCAAUAAUGACGAGGACGAGGACGAAGAAGAAGACACCCAAGAGGAAGAAGAUGACCGCGUGAGAGCAAGUGCAAAUAACUCUACAGGAGUGUAA